CGCGAGGUUCGCCAUGUUGAAUCGUUUCAUUGACUUUUCUUGUCAUGUGUAGCUAAAACAGCGGAAAGUAUUAAAAAUGUACAACAACAUAGGAUUGCAGACUGCCCGUGGGUCAGGCACGAAUGGCUAUGUGCAAAGAAAUUUGUCUCUACUUCGUAGUAGAAAGGAUAAAAUCGAAUACCACACCAACGAGGAUCUUGCCAAAUUAGAACAAAUGAACACGAAAAAACCUAACCAAGAGAUUUUGGAGCACGAAAGGAAACGACAGAUUGAGCUCAAGUGUAUCGAGCUACAGGAAGUAAUGGAAGAACAGGGAUAUAAAGAUGAUGAGAUAGAAACCAAGGUUGAAGAGUUGCGGCGCAUUCUCUCUGAACAAUCAGGCAUAGGGUCCAAGGACAACAAAGAUGGAAAGUCCACGCAGUUGUUUCUUUGUAGAGCAAAGGAAGAAUCGCCACCCAAGAAGAAAAAGAGGAAGCAUGCUUCUGUGUCUGAGUCUUCAGAGGAGAGGAGUAACUCAGACAGUUCUGAUCACAACUCAGAGAGGGAUUCCUCACCAGUCAAACACAAUAAAAAGAAAAAGCGCAAAGAACGGACACCAGAAGAAAGGUCUUCAGAUUCAGAGUCAGACAGUCGAAAAUCAAGAAAGAAGAAAAGAGGCAAAGAUAAAAGGUGCGUUAUCGUUUUCUUGCUGUGGAUACGAUUCUUCAGGGAUAACUUGUUGUUUGCAUACCAUGAUUUCAGAUUGUUUAGAAUCCAUGGUAUAGCAACAAUACCAACUAUUCAUAUCAACAUCGGCUACGCAAGUCGUUCAGAAAGUGAAAGCCCACUAAGGCGUGACCAGAGAAAGCAACAGGGAAAGGAUGAAACAAAAAGAAAUGACCAUCGCAGUCCAUCAACGGACAAAGAAAAUGUUCCACGACUCCAACGCAGUAGAUCCCCGUCAUCAAAUGAUUCAUCUCCUGAAAAAAUUAAAUCUCGUAGACAACGACAUCUUGACAGGUCGGAUGCGAGAAGAGAAAGGAAGAUGCGAGAUGAUCAUGAAAAUCGACAUGAUGAAGAACGUUUGAGACGAGAACGUGUCCGUGAGGAACGUGAAGAUCGUGCGCGUUACGAUCGAUCACGUGUAGAACGGGAUCACUCACCCAAUGAUCAGGUGCGGGAAGAGCGUACGGAACUACGUCGUAGUGGAAAUGGAGAUCAACAUUCUCCGCAUAAAAGAAAUCGGCCAUUGUCUAAGAAUGGUGUUCGUGAACAGCAGCAGCGUCGUGUCGAUCGGUCGAGCUCAGUAGAAAAGUCGCCCGAGUUGAGAAAGAAGAGAAAGCAGCAGAAGGCGCGAAGCUCUUCUGAGGAAGAACGUUCGGAAGAACGACGAGACCGUGAUAGAGAAAGGCCAGCCAGAAGGCGUCGAAAGUCGAGUUCCAUCCCUGAGCAGUCAAGGUCAACAGCCAGGAAAGGAGACUCUCGGGAGAGAGAAGAAAAAGGUCGACCACAACAGAGGGAAAACUUCAUCUCUAGAAAUGGCGAUAGCAGGGAAAGUGCCCGGAUGCGACAUGAUAUUACUCCCGAGGACAGAAAUCGGCGACGUAGCUCAUCAAGAGAAGAUAGAAGUACUAGAAAACGGCGGUCUCCUUCUCCCGACGAUAGGAAGCUCGUAGAUGAUGUACGAAGAAGCCGCGUGCAAGAGCGCGAUGAGGGUCUUCGGAAAGAGAACCGACGGAAGACCAGACAAUCCUCAUCUUCAUCUCCUGAUGCGAGUAGGCAAAGAGGGAGGUCACCCAGUGGGUCCCCUCCUCCUCCUCCAAAAGUAGCUGCCAGGAAGAAAGAAGUAUCAAGCGAGAGACAAAAGAAAGUGAAACAAACGACAAACAGUAAGGCCGAAGAGAAACGGUCCAGUUCAGAAGACAGUUCUUCCAGUAGUUCCUCCGAAUCUGGGUCAGAGUCCGAGGACGGAUCGUCACAUAGCAGCCGUGCGUCACCUGUGCGGACCAAGCACAAAUCACCACCUGAUCUAAGUGAACAAAGAACUCGUAAGAAAAGGUCUUCUUCGUCACCCCGUCGUCGUAGUCCUGGCCCUUCGCCCGUGAAACAAUCUAGGCGGUCUUCAGAUAAUGCAGCAUCUCCAAGACGACGAAAACCUAGCAGAAGCUCAAGUCCGCCGCCUGCGAGUCCACCCCCGGCGCGUAAGGUAUCUCCAAGCUCACCAUCCGCACGUAGGAGGUCGUCCCCGAGCCCACCCCCUAUAAGGAGAAAGUUGUCUUCGAGUCCUCUUCGUUCCAGGCCCAUGAAACGGAACCGAAGUAGAAGUAGAUCGGAAGGAAGAUCGAAAAGAGAUAGAUCAGGUAGCCCCAAACCCGUGAGGAGGCGUAGUCGAAGCCCAAGGCGUUCACCCUCCCCCGCUGUACAACGUCGGCGGCGUCCACCACCUAGAAGUGAAACUCCCCCAAGACCAACCAGAAUGUCCAGUGUUUCACCUCCUCGAAGUCAACCCGCACGAGGCUCCAAUCAGCGCCGAAGAAAAAGCGACAGUCGCAGUCCUCGUCGUUCUUCACCUGCCCAGCCCCGUAGACGUCAACCUUCUAGAAGCCCGAGCCCACGAAAACCCAGAAGAAGCCUCAGCCCUAUCGGGAGGCGUAGGUCAAGAAGCCCAGUUCGUACUGGAGGCUCUUAUCAGCGUCAAAGGAGAAGCCCUUCAAGGAGCCCAAGCCGUAGUCCCAGGCGCUCUCCGCCCGAGCAAACGCGAAAGCGCAGACAGUCCAGAAGUGUAACCCCGCCAAGAAAUCGACCUGCGCCAAGAAAAUCUCCUACCCGAGAUAGUCCUGUACAAAGGCGUAGCAGAACUCCCAGUGCCUCGCCUGUCCGUAGGAAGGACAAAGUGACGGAACGCGGGUCGUCUUCUGUUCAGGCAAGAAGUCGCGAAUCGGCGGCGAUGAACAGCCAGGAACCUCCGCGUAAAAGAGUGGUCCAAGGGAAAACCCAGAAGAGUGACAUGGCGAAGCCAAGUAAAACGAAAAACGCAGAAAGUCGAUCCCGGAAGAAAAGCAGCAGCGAAAGUGGAAGCGGAAGUAGCUCAGAAAGCAAGAGCAGUGACAGUGAAAGCAGUGAAGAGAGUAGUAGUGGAUCGAGCAGUAGUGACGAGGAGUCUGGAUCCGAUAGUAGUAGUUCUUCUGAUGUUAAGCAAAGGCGAUAAGCGGUGGUUUCGUUCAAAAGGCUUGAACUUGUAGCUUGUGUGGACUAUUAGACAGGAGAUAGAUAGAGCAUGCACAGUUGUAAUUAAGUCAGGUUUUCGUGAUUUAUUGCUUCUCUCUCGCAUAGAUUUUACCUUAUGAGUGAACUCGUUAGGUUGGCAUACAACGUUGUCGGGAAAUUUGAAUCAACUGACUCGACAUUUUACGGAGCACCUCGUGCUGUUCUCUGAUUGGACAAUUAGGAAUUUCGAAUGAGACUUUCAUGUUCAGCUCUCCCGGUAGUGAAUUUACUUGUUAGCUGUUAGUAAUUGCCUCGAAUUUUGCGAUGUUUUUUAGGUUAAAGUUUGAGUAUUACUUUAGGAAUAUGGCAACAGGGAUAAUUUAUUAGAUUCCCCCGUUCGACAAGAAUGUCAGCCAACAGCCCUAAAGAAUAGACCAUUUGGUUGAGCAACUCAAUAAACACGGUUCGUAACAGUACUUUGCUGUGAAGUAGAGUCUUUUUAGAGACGACAAGUUUGUUGAUUAAUAACAGAUUUAGACUCGAUCGAAAAGAGUUGUUACAAAACUUUCAUAUAGAAUUUUUUACUUUAGCUGGAAUAUCCGAGAGCCACUCCUACUAGAGAAUUUCCGAAUGCGUACUCUUAAAAUAAACAUGGUGUUUUUGACUUG